AUGAGAAUCAAAACCACCUUGGAUAAUACAUUUUUAAAAUAGGCAAAUAAUCAUAAAAAUAUCCAGAAUAGAGACUCAAAAAAUAUCAGAAAUAACAUUAAAAUAAUUUCAAAUAUUAUGAUAAAAAUUAAGGAUGAUGACUUUAAUAAAAAUAAUUAUUCAUCUGAAAAAUACUAAAAAAUUAAAAAAGAAAUUAUAUAAAAUAUUGGUAGAAAUUAGAAGAUCAUACUUACUAGUCUUGACGAAUAAUUUAUUUUAUUUAAUGUGGGUCUAAUGGAUUAAAUUUAUUGGUAGAUAUGA